UAUUAGCGACAUAAAAAUAAUCAUCUACAAUGGCUGAGACUGAUGAAGGUCCUUUGAUACCCAUGGAGACGAAGAGAGCAGCGCUAGCUCUGGCAAAUCUAUUUUUGUACAGUGUUGCAAUGUUCACACUGCCUUUCGUUGCAUUUUUCGGAAUGCGACACAUUCUGACUGAAUAUUACCCUUCAAAUAGUUUUGUAGUGACCGCAUGGUCAGUAAUUGCCGCAGUGGUGGUUGUAAAUACUAUAAUAUGUGUUUAUGCGUAUAAGGCGUACCAUGAGAAAGAGUAUGAUGAGCAUGGUAAUGAAGUUGACCAGCACUCUUACAAGCCUGCACCAGCUGCAGAAGCUGAGAAGAGCAGUUUAAAUUUAAAACAAGAUUGAUAUUGUUGUUUUUUCACAUUCCACUAACUUCAAAAUGUGGUUCAGUAUUGAUUAAUUUUAUGUAUUUUGAUUUCACAUGCAAAGAAAAUUUAGCUUUAUAGUUAUUAAAUUAUA